AUGACUGCAAAGAGAACCAAAGCGCCGUACGGGUGCGCGCCGAAGAAGACAUGCAAGAAGUGCGACAGGAAGAUCUCCUGUACUAACAUCUUCAAGCAUAUCAAGGUAUGCAAGGGCAUAAAGCUGCCAGAGUUGCGCAGCGAGAUCCGGAAGAAGUCAUGA